AAAUCGCAAGUGUUGGUAAAUGCAUCCCAUGUAGUAUUGCUCAAUACACAUCAGCUGGGCCCGCCAAAAGCGAUUUGUAUGCGCGCUAUUUUGAUUAACUUGUCAACAAUAUUUUAUGCGCUGCAAAUUAUUCUAAGACAAUGGGUCCUGCUAACGUAUCGCAGUCAGAUAUAAGCAUAGAAGACGAGGCUGAAAUAUUGGCAUUGGAACAACUACUGGGCGAUGUGGAUAGCGAUAAUGCAUCAAAUGCAAACUCAGCAACAAAACCAACGCCGUCUACUUUGUCCACAGUAGUUCCAAAAUUACGCGAUGACAGCAGUUUUGCCGAUGCAUUUAGCUACGAGAAGACAGUGAAACAAGCAAAGACGAUCGUACAACAAAAACCCAAAUCUACCGAGCCGGAACUCGAUUCAUCGGACGACGAGGAGGUCAAGAACUUCUUGGAACGCAAAUACAAUGAGUAUGGCAGUGAUAUCAACAAAAAAUUAAAACAACAACGAGAAUCGGUACAUGAGAGCAAAGUAGCACGCGAAGUGGAUCAAUCGCUGAAGACAACAACAAAAUUUAUCAGCUCUACGCCACAGCCGGAAGCACUGCGUCUCAAGAAUCCACAUAAUCCCAUCCAGCGCAAAUCGCUGACUAGCAACUCCUUUCAAAGACCUCCACCAGCAGCAGCAGCAGUAACUACCAGCUCCAGUCCCUCCCUGCAGCAAUCGACUAUUUCGACUACCUAUACAGAUCCUGUUUUUGGACUGCGCAUGAUUAAUCCACUCAUUUCGAGCUCCUUGCUCCAGGAACGCAUGAACAGCCGCAAGGCAGUGCCCUUCUCGGCUCUAGCAUAUCACAUCGAGCGUGGUGAUUUGGCCAAGGAUUGGGUCAUUGCUGGAGCCUUGGUGUCCAAGCAGCCGGUACGCAAUACCAAAAAAGGUGAUCCCUACUCCACUUGGACGAUAUCGGAUCUGCGUGGUGAGGUGAAGACUGCAUCCAUCUUUCUGUUCAAGGAGGCACACAAAACGCUUUGGAAAACGGCGGAAGGCAUGUGUCUGGCUGUGCUUAAUCCAACGAUCUUUGAGAAACGUGCGGGCAGCAAAGAUGUCGCUUGUCUCUCCAUAGACACCUCCCAAAAGGUUAUGAUACUCGGUCAGUCCAAGGAUUUGGGCCAUUGUCGUGCAACCAAAAAGAAUGGCGACAAGUGCACAGCUCUGGUGAAUAUCACAGACUGCGAUUACUGUGUGUUCCACGUGAAGCAGGAGUACGGCAAGAUGUCCAGGCGAUCCGAACUGCAAUCGGCCAAUGCGGGUCGCGGUCUCAACGAGUUGCGCAAUAAGGUGUUGGGCAAAAGUGAGGUAUUCUAUGGCGGACAGACCUUUACGGCGGUGCCGGCACGCAAGAGCGCCAAGCUGAUCAGCAAGGAGCGCGAACGUCUGAGCAAACUAGCUGGCUACGACUUGUCUCCGUUUGCCCACAGCGUUGAUCACGAGUCUAAGCCGAAAGUGAUGCCUGCCGAUAUACCCUAUGCGGAGCGCGGUGGGCCAGUUUCCCGGCUAGCCGACAAUGUGCAGGCGUCCACGAAGCAGCGCUAUCAGGAUCUCGAACGUGUGCGUCUAUUGAAAGCGGAAAAUGAGCGAUUACAAAAGCAAGCUGAAGCAGCAGCAGCUGCAGUAGCAGCAGCAACGACUCCAGCAACACCAGUCAAGGAGGUUGCCACGCCCACAACGCCACAGAGCGUACCGGAUAAGUUCAAAAAUCGCGGCUUCUCCUUCGAUGCCAACGUGACGCCCAAACUCGCGGGAAGCGAGAAUUUUAACUUUGAGGUGAAUGUGGGUGCACGUCAGGCGCAGAGCGCCAAAGUGAAAGCAGCCGCGCUGCUCAAGAAGAAGCCGCUGGAGAAGGUGAAUCCGAAUUCUACGCGCGGCACGGAGACGGGCAAACGGCGAGCCAUCGAUGAGCUCAACGAAAAGUUCUCCAGCAGUGCGAAGCGUCAGAAACUAGAGGAAGAGGAUCGCGAAUUUAUGCGUAAAUCACGCAUUGAACGCAUCAUGGCCGCCACUUCGACGCACUCAAAUCUGGCCGAGAUGCGCGAACAGGAAGCACAGAAUGACUACUUUAACAAGCUGGAGCGCAAGGAAGCGAUGGAGGAGAAGAUGCUGAACACAUAUAAAAUGCCCUGCAAGGCAGUCAUUUGUCAGAAAUGCAAAUACACCGCCUUCUCCGCCGCCGAGCGUUGCAAGGAGGAGAGGCAUCCACUCAAAGUGGUGGAUGCCCAGAAGCGUUUCUUUCAGUGUAAGGAUUGCAGCAAUCGCACCACCACCGUCUUCAAGCUACCCAAACACAGCUGUAGCAGCUGCAAGGGAUCGCGCUGGGAGCGCACAGCUAUGAUACGGGAGCGAAAGGUGUGCACAGGCAGGGAAUCGCUGUCGCUGCGUGGCGAUGAGGAAAGCCACCUCGGUAGCACGGCCAAUGCAGCGAAUCUUAAUCUCCUAGUGCCAGAGGAGGAGAGCUAAUCAUAUAUGUGCAUUGAUUCGUGUUAUAUAUAUAGAAAUAUAGCAUACAAAUUUAUAUAUUUAUUUAUAUACAGUCUAGUUUUUGGCAUAUACAUCAAUAAAUACAAAUGGUCCAAUGUCUUAUGGCUUAACCUAAUAUAUCUUUGUAUGCCGCAUAUAUUUAUGUAUGUUUAUAUAUUUGUAUGGCAAAAUCAAGUGCCUAAAUUUAUAGAUUAAUGCGUGAAAUACUUGGGAUAAAAUUGUUGUGCACAUGCCUUAAGCAACAUUUUUUUUAUAAGUAAAAUACACAAUAUAAAUAAAUAUAGUUAUUUGGUAUGC